GAGGAAUCAAAGGACGGUCACCUGAGAGGAAUCAAUCAUAGCAUAAUCAACUACACCUGUAUCCCGCUAUCUACACCUGUAUCCUGCUAUCUACACUCGAGGAGAUUCACGCAGCAUCAAGCACUACAUCAUUUUCUCACCUCUCAACUCGAGUUCCGAACCUCAUAACCAGUUGAGCUCUCGUCGAGACAACACAGCUGAGAGGAAUCAUAGGGUGGUCACCUGAGAGGAAUCAAUCAUAGCAUAAUCAUCUACACCUGUAUCCUGCUAUCUACACCUGUAUCCUGCUAUCUACACUCGAGGAGAUUCACGCACCAUCAAGCACUACAUAAUCAUGCCGAGGGAACGCAGACUUCGUGGUAUCAAUUCCGCAGCAGCCCGUCAUCGCAUCAACCUCGAUGAGGAGGAUAUCGACAUCACCAGCGUGCUCGAGAGCUCGAAACGUCGAGUUUUCGAUAUAAUUAGGGAACAUGCCGCACGCUAUGAUGGCAAUGUUAAAUGGUUCAUCGUCCUCAAUGUUUUGCUGUAUAAAUUAGUGGUGAUGGAUGACAAGCAGGUUGGUGACUCUGUCUCAUCUCUAAUAAAUCUACAUAGUUACUCCAACAUAGCACUAAAUGUGCUUGAGAACUAUGAAGAGUUUAAUGAGCAUUUCAUGUUAGCCGUGAGAAAAAUACUCUCAUCUUUUGAAAAUUUUGUAAGACACGGCAGUGGGUGGGUGCUAAAGAAAAUUGAAUCACUGGAUGUGAAUGUGAUUAAAUUUAAUCCUAUAUACACAUCCAGUUUCAUUCAAACACCCCAGUUUUUGAAAAACAAAAAAUGUAUUAUAAAUGUGAAAAAUCUCUCUGACGAAAAAUGCUUUUUAUGGUCAGUCCUCGCGUAUUUCCAUCAGAAGCCAAGGAACUCGGACUUAAGUGUAAAGUAUUUGAGCAAGUUUGCUCACACACUUAAUACGCGAGGUGUAAAUUUCCCGGUGACGACACGCGAUAUUAAGAAAUUUGAAAUACUCAAUCCGGACAUUGCAAUUCACGUCAUCGCAUACGACAACAAAAAGUUUUUCCCCUUCCGUACAAGCAUUUUCCGCACGCGUAAACACCAAAUUAAUCUUUUAAUGCUAAAAGGCGAUGCAGGAAAAACUCAUUUCUGUUUAGUAAAUACCGCAAACGGGAAAAACGGGCUAUCUCGUCUUCUCUGUCACCUUUCAAAACACAAGGGUCAAGUACAUGUUUGUAAUUUUUGUUUUCACCGGUUCACAUCAAACAAAUCUAAGAAUUGCGAUGCUGAAGCAAAUUUGUUGAAACAUGUGGAACUUUGUUCCAAGUUUGAAUCUCAGCGCGUUUCAUAUCCUAAACGCGGAGAGACAAUUAAAUUCAAGAAACUAGGCGCGACGUUGAAGAAAAAGUACACCAUUUACGCGGAUUUAGAAACAUACGUUGUUAAUAUCGAUAAUGAUGAUGAUGAUGAUUCCGAUUCUGAUGAAAUUACUCGUAGUUACACAAAGAAAACGGCGCGACAUAUUCCCUGCGGGUAUUGUUUCGUUGUUAUCGAUGUUAACGGCGAAAUCGCUCACGGACCUGUACUCCAUAGAUCGAGUAGUUUAGACGAAAAAAUCAUGGAGAAAUUUCUUCAGGAAAUUACAGAUCUCGGUGACAUUUUGUAUGAGGAUAUGAAACGAGAAAUUCCGAUGCAAGCUUUAUCCGAGAGUCAAGAGCGUGAAUUUCAAAAUUCAGUAAACUGCGGGCUUUGUGCUGAACCGUUUUUAGACAGCGAUAUUAAAUGUCGUCACCACGCGCAUGAAACCGGUAAUUACUUGUGUGCGGCACAUGUUUCUUGUAAUUUAACAGCUCGUACUCCGGAGUACAUAUCGUGUUAUUUUCAUAAUUUCUCCGGUUUUGAUUCGCAUUUUAUUCUAAAAUCGCUCGGUAAAUGUAAAAAAGAAAUUUCCUGCAUCGCAAAUACGUCAGAGAGAUUUUUGACACUUUCAGUAGGCAAAAUUAAAUUUUUAGAUUCCUACAAGUUUAUGUCUGAAUCCUUGGAAGUAUUGGUGCGUAAUUUGGUAGAGAGUACAGAUAUGGAAAAGAAGUUCGAACGAUUAUUUUCGGUGUUUGAUGAUCCACCUCGCGAACACAGACAGCUCUUGUUGAAGAAAGGAGUAUAUCCCUACUCGUACAUGAGCUGUCCCGAAAAAUUCGCGGAAACAUCGCUUCCCCCCAUUGAAUGUUUUCAUAACGACUUAACUGAUACACCUCUGUCUCGCGAAGAAUAUGAGCAUGCGCAAAGAGUGUUCUCAACAUUCAAGCUGAAAAAUCUGGGUGAAUAUCACGAUUUUUAUUUAUGUUUGGACGUAAUGCUAUUAGCGGUAGUUUUUGAAUCCAUGAGGUCUACGCUUUUUAGCUCAUAUGGCCUCGAUGUGACCCAUUUUGUUUCCCUUGCCCACUUCACCUGGAAUUGCAUGCUGAAACACACUAAAGUCGAACUGGAAUUACUAACACAUCCGGACAUGCAUCUUAUGUUUGAGGCGGGAAUGAGAGGCGGGGUCUCAUUUAUCGGUAAACGUUAUUGUGAGGCGAAUAACAAACAUCUACCCGAAACAUACGAUCCUUCAAAACCGUCUAAUUAUCUGCUUUAUAUCGAUGCAAACAGUUUAUACUCGGAAGCUAUGAGCCGAAGCUUGCCUGUUGGAAAUUUCAAAUUCCUCUCAGAGGAAGAAAUUUCCAGCCUUGAUUUCGCGAAUUUGGACAGCAAUUCAGAAACCGGGUAUAUAAUAGAAUGCGAUCUCAAGUACCCCCAAGAGUUGCAUGAUAAGCAUGCGAGCUUCCCCCUCGCUCCUCUCCACCAAACGCCCCCGCGCGAAUUGCUGUCGAACUACCAAACAAAUGAGAACGGUCAAACUGGAACCAAAAAGCUCAUGAACACACUUUUCGACCGUGAAAAGUACAUUGUUCACUAUGUCAAUUUAAAGCUCUACCUCCAGCUCGGUUUGAAAUUAUUGAAAGUGCAUCGCGUCAUUAGCUUUUCCCAAUCUCCCUGGCUGAAAAGCUACAUCGACUUUAAUAUCCGGAAUAGACAGAACGCGAAAAAUAAAUUUGAAAUAUCCUUCUUUAAGGCCUGUUGCAAUCUGAUAUUUGGCAAGACAAUUCAGAGUAGUCGUAAGCAAAUGAAUGUUAAAAUUAUCACGGAUGAAAAACGGUUAGAUAAGUACAUUUCAAACCCGCUAUGUAAACGCUGGCAAAUAAUUAGUCCGAACGUGAUCGCGGUUUUCUCUCGUAAGUUGGAACUUAAAAUGAACAAGCCUGUCUAUUCCGGCUUCAGUGUACUGGAGUUGAGUAAAUUCCAUAUGUACGAUUUUUUCUAUUGUAAAUUACAAAAAAUUAUACCGUGGGAUCGUAUAGAAUUGUGCAUGACUGACACCGACAGUUUUCUUCUUAACCUUAAAGUCGAAGAUGUGUAUCAGUUGAUUAGAGAAAAUUUGACCCUUUUCGAUACUUCUAACUAUCCACCUUCCCACCCUUGCUUUUCCAUGGAGAGGAAUAAAGUUGUAGGAAAGUUCAAGGAUGAGACCGGGUCAAAGCCUGUCCAUAGAUUUCUCGGACUUAGAUCCAAACUUUACUCAUAUUUAGUUUGUAACGAGAAUGAAGAACUUGUAAAUAAAUGUAUAGCAAAGGGUGUACAGAGCGGAGUAAAAUGUAGAAAGCUUAAUUUUAAUUUAUAUAUGAAAUCAUUGUUUGAACGUAGUGAACAUGUAGAAAAAUUAAUAUGUUAAGAUCGUAUAAUCACACCAUGUACCAGGUUGAAUGCGCAAAAAUCUGUUUGAGCCCUUAUGAUGAUAAGAGGUAUAUUGCUGAGAAUGGUGUUGAUACUCUCCCUUUCGGUCAUUAUAGUCUCAACACUCUAAAUGAUUGAUCAGUAUGUGCCAUGACAACCAUCCAACACCACUGAUUUUGAUUUGACUGUUGUAAAUAUCAUGAAUAUUAUUAGAUCUAAGUUAGCUUUAGAGCUUCAUAGCGUGCCGCGUGUGAACUAUCCCACUCGCAAAUAUGAGUUGAAAAGUGAAAAAGACUUGCUUCAAGCCGAUCUCAUUGAGAUGACAAGUUUAUCACGUUUUAAUAAGGGUUACAAAUAUAUCUUAGCUGUUAUUAAUUGUUUUUCAAAAUUUGCAUAUUGUGUACCAUUAAAAGACAAGACAAGCCAAUCUGUAUUUAACGCUCUCGAGCCAAUUAUUUCUAAAAAUAAAGGAGUUAAGCUGUUCCAAACAGAUCAAGGAACAGAAUUCUUUAAUUUAAAAGUUAAAGCAUUAUUAGAUAGAUAUAGUAUUAAACAUUAUCAUGUUUUUACUGAUAAGAAAGCCUCCAUAGUUGAAAGGUUUAAUAGAACACUUAAAGCAAAAAUUUAUAGAUAUUUAACUGAACAUGGAACCAAAAACUGGUCAUCACAACUAGACAGAUUAGUUCGAGAUUAUAAUGCAACAAUGCAUUCAUCCAUUAGAAUGAAACCUAAAGAUGUGACGAAAAAAGAUCGUAAUCAUGUUUUAAUGUCAUUGAAUUCUGCAUUCAAUAGACGAUAUAAAUUGAAAAAUUCAAAACCGAAAUUUAAGCUAGGAGAUGUUGUACGAAUCUCAAAGAAAAGGGUUCUUUUCGAUAAAUCUUAUAACAUAAACUGGAGCGCAGAGUAUUUUGUAAUUCAUUCUAUAUUUCCUUCUCAACCUGUAACGUAUAGCUUGCGAGAUCUAAACGGAGAAGUAAUUAGUGGCAGGUUUUAUGCAGAAGAAAUUAAAAAAACACAAUUAAAUGAAUCGGAGAGACAAGUGUAUUUGAUUGAAAAAAUAUUAAAACGAGAUAAAAAAGGACUGCUUGUGAAAUGGAUUGGGUUUUCAACUCCUAGUUAUAUUAGUAAGGAUCAACUAUUAGAUGAAAAAUAAUCUUUUGUAAAUAUCAUGUAAAUUUAUUGUAAAUAAUCUAUUGUAAAUAUCACGUACAUUUAUUGUAAAUAAUCUAUUGUUAAUCUAUUGCAAAUACAUUCCAUUCAGUGUAAAAAUAUGACAAAGAUUUGGUGUAAAUAUAAUACGUCUCUAUCAAAAAAUGCUUCUCAGUUUCAUUUUAAUCUGAAGUUUUAUUUGCUAAGGCUCAAGCGUUCUCGUGAAGAGGGUGCGGGUGAGAAACUUCUAUCAGUGCAUUGAAAGGGGAGAGCGCUUGCAUCCCGAUGUGAUAAGCUAUGGUGUCUAGCCCACAAUCUCUUCCUCCUUGAUAACUUAUCAGUUCCUUAUCAGAUCGCAUGCUGUACACGUGACUAACAUGAUUCCGAUAGUAAAUUUCGACAAUGUUAUAAGAGAGAAAGAAAUGCCAACAUGGUGUAAAAAUGGUAAGUUAUU